UUUUUAUUUAAACGGGGAUAGCAGAUCUAUUCUAUGUGUCAUACUUGAUCAUUUCGCGAUAUUGCCAUAUUUUUGCUGAAAGGAUUUAGAAUAGAAAAACGACGAUAAAGAUAGCAACUUUUGGUAUCUGACAAAAAAAAGCCUUGCCCCUACCGGAAGUAGCGUGACGUGGACAAUUGAACAUAUCCGCAAAGCUCCCUAUUGUUUGCAAUGAUGGCCGCCAGAUCUGAGAGCGAUUCUGACCGAGAUAGCGACGAUUUCUCCAUUAAUUUGAGCGAGGAUGAAAGAUUUGUGGAUGAGGAAAGUGCAAGUGAAGGACUAGUGGGGAGUGGAAGCGAUUCAGAUAGGGAAGAAGCUGUGAGAGGGAUAGAGCCAUAUCGCUUUGAACCCGACGCUGAUGAAGACGGUCAGGAGGACGCUGCUGCUAUUGAUGCUGGAGGAGCACACGACAUAGAUCGCCUUGAGAAUACAGAAUGGUGUACAUGUCAAAACUGUGUGAACAUGGAGACAGUGGCUGAGUGUGUCUGCUGUAGUGAAAUAGAGGCAGUGACCAGAACGAUGGAGGAGGAGGGGGUGAAGACGUGCAUCAUAGACCACCAUGGCUUUCCAUCUGUGUGUCUGGAUGAAUGGGUGCUGCAGACAGCGUAUAACGCCUACAAACAGCAAUAUGGCAUGCUGCAGCAACAGCAAAAUGAGCGGAGACGACACACAGCCUAUCGACAGUUUGUCCGCUUCUGCUGGGGAUAUCUGGGAAAGGACAUAAGGGUGGUACUACCAGCUUGUGUAGUACAUAAGAUUAGGACAACAUUCCCAUCGAUGGACUACACGGGGUUCCAAGACGUGCAGUGACUGCAACAGAAUCUACAUGGCCACUGUACUUAAUCAAUAAAAUCAAUCAAUCAAUCAAUCAGUCAAUCAAUCAAUGUUUAUUUAUAUAGCACUAAAUCACAAAUGUCUCAAAGGGCCGCACAAGCCACAACGACAUCCUCGGUACAGAGCCCACACACGGGCAAGGAAAACUCACCCCAGUAGGACGUCGAUGUGAAUGACUAUGAGAAACCUUGGAGAGGACCGCAUAUGUGGGUAACCCCCCCCCUCUAGGGGAGACCGAAAGCAAUGGAUGUCGAGUGGGUCUAACAUAUUAGUGAGGGUCCAGUGGAGCCAGCAGGAGGCCACCCCGAGCGGAGACGGGUCAGCAGCGCAGAUGUCCCCAACCGAUGCACAGGCGAGCGGUAUACCCCGGGUCCCAACUCUGGACAGCCAGCACUUUAUCCAUGGUCACCGGAAUAACCCCUCCACGUGGGGG